GACCCAACAGGUCAUUCCAGUGAGAAAAGCCAUCCACCACUCAGACUAUAAUCCUAAAUAUGUCUUCAACAACAUCAUGUUACUGCAGGUGGGGCCCUUGAUCCGCUGGUUCUUGCACACAUUAUUUCUGGGGAUUUUGCAUCCCCUGUGAUGUCAUUCCUGUCCCUCAUUCCUAGUAUGACAUUUUUACUUGUCCUGGGGCUAUGAGGAGGGCUGCCCCAUGACUGUCCCUGGAGUCUUUGUGAGCCAUUGGUAGAUUAGAAUUCCUUUCCUCUGCAUUCAGCUGGAAAAGGCCCACUUGACUCCCCAUGUUAGCCCCCUCAGGCUGCCCAAGAGGAGUGCACAGGUGUGGCCAGGGAUGGUGUGCAGUGUGGCUGGCUGGGGACGCCUCAGCAUGAACAGCACCUCUGGGGCCUGGAAACUGCAUGAGGUAGAGCUUGAAGUCCAGAGGAACAAGCAAUACAUCUCAUGCUAUAAAAACUCUACAACAGCACAACCCAAAUGUGUGUGGGGAACCUGAAAAAGAAGAAGUCUUCUUUUAAGCAGUGGCAGUGCAAGUGUGAUAGCUGCACCAUUCUCACUUAACCCAAGCCAGAGAACUUCGACAAACCACCUUAAAUGAUGACACCCAGCCGUAGAGACACAGAGGUUGAAGAGGCCUAAAUCAGUGAGCCACCCUUCUAUCACUCCCCUAAGGGCUCUGUAUCUGGAAGGAAGAAAGAUCAACAGCUCUGAGGUGGGCAGACCUUCAGGGAAGAUGCAGCUUCUCCUGCUUUUGUUGGCCCUUCUUCUGCCCCUUGGGGCUGGGACAGAGGAGAUCAUCGGGGGCCAUGAGGUUAAGCCCCACUCCCGGCCCUACAUGGCAUUUCUUCAGUUUCUGUAUAACGGCAAGAUGAAGAGGUGUGGCAGUGUCCUCGUGCACAAGUACUUUGUUCUAACGGCUGCUCACUGCCAGGGAAGCUCCAUGACAGUCAUUCUGGGGGCCCACAACAUCAAGAAACAGGAGAGGACCCAGCAGGUCAUCCCCGUGAAAACAGCCAUCCCCCACCCAGACUAUAAGCAGAACUUCUCCAAUGACAUCAUGUUACUGAAACUGGAGAGAAAGGCCAAGCAGACUGCAGCUGUGAAGCCCCUCUGCCUGCCUAAGAGCAAGAACCCGGUGAGGCCUGGACAGAUGUGCAGUGUGUCCGGCUGGGGGCGGGUCUCAAUGACCACCCUAGCAACCACUCUGCAGGAGGUGUCACUGGAAGUGCAGAAGGAUGCAACAUGUGCAUCCCUCUUCCCUCACUAUUACAGUGGGGCCACCCAGAUUUGUGUAGGAGACCCAGAGGAGAUGAAGACCGCCUUCAAGGGGGACUCCGGGGGCCCCCUCGUGUGUAACAACAUGGUCCAGGGGAUUUUCUCCUAUGGAAAACACAACGGGACCCCUCCAGGGGUCUUCAUGAAGGUCUCCCACUUCCUGCCUUGGAUAAAGAGAACAAUGAAGCGCCUCUAACAGCAAGCAUGAGAUUGACUCCCCUCUGUGCUCGGCCAUCUUUUCUGGGGCAGAGGAAAGAAUCCCUUGGGACUGGGGGAGAGGGGGAGGAGGGAUGGCAGGCCCAUAAUAAAUGGAUCUCUAG